GUUUAAAAUAGUAAUUUGUUGACCGGUUUCAAAAACUACUAUCUGUUAACAAUAUACUAUGAGUAUCUAGAUGGAAUCCGUAACCUGCAAGAAGUGCAGUAAAGUCUGUAAAGGUGACGCGUUAAAAGCUUCUGACUCCUUUUUCCACAAUGAGUGCUUUAGGUGCAGUGGUAAGGAUUUCUAGUUAAAUAAGGAAUACUUUGAUGUAGUUUGUUCAGUUUGUUUAGGAGUUAACAGUUAUUACGAAGAGAGUGGGUCAUUUUAUUGUGCCGAUGACUACAAAAAGGUAAUGUCGCAAGUCUGCUGCACUUGUCAUUCACACAUAAUCGGCAAUAUGGUUACGGUUUUGAAUAAAAAUUUUCAUAGAAAUUGUUUCUUCUGUCACGAAUGUCUGUAAGUAUGCUCAAGUCCUACCUUAUGCCUAGAAAAACCUUCACACCUGGUAUGCGGGUCACAUUUUGGAGUGAGAAAUUUUUCUGCAAGCAAUGUUUCCAAUCCGCUUAUUAUCAGGAUAAUAGUGAACUUAACACGGAUGACAGUCUUUCCCAUAUAAAGAAUAAUCGUUUCAAGUGCUCAUGUGCAGAUGCACAAAUAAAGUUGAACCAGAAAGAAAAAGAGCUAGAAACAACUUCAGUUAGUUGUAAAAAUAAGAAUAGAUCAAAUCUGUCAAAUGAAUUUUGUCGAGAAUUAACAGGACGAUUAGCAGUACAAUAUUCAGCUUUAAAGCAUGUUGUCGAUGAAUCAAAAAUGAAUGAAACAUCAAGUAAAAAAGAUGACUCGACAAUCAAUACAAAUGAACUGGAAAAAGAACAGACUGACUCAUUUGUAACAACAAGUAAUGCAUCGAAUAUUCAACAAAACGAACAAGAGAUCAGUAUCCCUAUGAGUGAUCAGUCGCUGACUAGUGACUUUACAGAUGAAUGUAUAAAUUCCUUGAAUAAUACAGUUCAACCUACAAUAUCUGAUUAUGAUGAUAACAGCUAUUGUAGUCUAGUUCAAUCGACUACAUUAGAUCAGCAAAUCAUGCAAAUACUACCACCAGAAUCAAAGAGUUCACCAAUCCUACCAAAAGGCAGAGUGGCUGAAUUAGUGCGCGUAUUGGAACAGGCGCCUAAAAUCGAAAAGGAUGGAUUUGAACAACUUAAAAUAUGUACAUCUAUGCCAAAAUCUAAAUCUUUCAUAUCAGAUGAUCAUCAAAAAGAUUAUAAGCAAGAAAAUGCACAAAACACUAAAUCUUUAUGGUGUUAUGAAGAUUGGAUAAAAAUUCGAAAGCCUUCAUCCAAUUCAAAUGAAACAGUAUUGCCAAUAAAAUAUGAUAUUACAGAAGAUAGUUAUCCUUCAGUCUUUACUUCCUUCUUCUCAUCGUCAUCAUUUUCAAAUUCAGUAUCUAUUCCACCAAGACCACCACAAAAUCUUACAAAUCAUUUAAAUAAACAACCAGAUCGACUUUGGUCACGUAUUCGAUCAAACUUACCGUCUGUGACUGAUGUGAAUGGAUGUAAUUACCAAUCAAAAACAUUUGUGAAUCAUUUAGCUAAUACUACUACUAUUGCUAUUGUUUCUGCUACCGAUACUACUGAAGUUAAAAAUGAUAGGGAAAUAAGCGGAGAUAAUCUACACAUAUUAUCACCUAUGAAUUCCAAUUCUGUAUCAAAAAGUAGUAAUCAAGUAGACGAACUGAAUUAUUUAUCGAGUUUAAAAUUGAAUUGCAAAGAACUACAGCUAUGUAAUAGUGAUACAUUAGCAUCAAAGCAAAACAAUAAAAUUACACAUCGUAAACGUUUACAUAAAAGUACAUCAUCAAAAUUUCUAAAGCCUCCUCUAAAAGACAAAAAACCGAUUUAAAUACACGAAUGAAGAAGAGAAUAGCAAACAAGCUAGAAAAACGUAAAUCUUCUAAAAUAAAUAAAUCUUUUUCAAUCACAACAAUUGAAAGAAUAUCAAGCAUAGUGAAAAAUUUUGGAAAUAUGAAACUGAGAAGUGGACACCAAUUUAUUUGUCAGUACAUCCAAUUCAAUUCAAUCUUUAAGCUGAUGUACAACCUCAUCAUUGUGACAUUCCUUGUAAUCGGUCUACUUGGUGUAUUAAUGUGGUUCGGAGAACAAUAUGGAAGGAAAUUCAUCCAAAAGAAGUAAUUUCACAAAAUCUGAUAUGUUUUUAUCAUGGACAGGUGGAUCACAUCAGAAUCCAUUUAGGAAAAGAUAUUUGCAUAUGUAAAAUUAUGCUACUCGCAUUCUGAUAAGUAGUAUAACAACAGCAACUAAUGUUACAAAACUAGUACCUGACUAGAUCAAUCAUAGAGAAUACAGUUACUUUUAUUUUCGUUUAUCAAAGUAGACACUCACUUGUCAUAGAUUUUAGAAAACAGACAAUCCUCAUAUAUUUAUUCAGAAUUUAUUUGUAUUACUAGUGUUCAAAAUUAACUUAGUUUAUCAACUUCCACUCUUCAACGACACUUUACACAAAAACACUAUUUAAUGAAUCGAUGUUGAUUCUCGAAAAAGUUUUUGAUUGAAAAGAUCCUCAUGUAUAGAUUACAAGUAAAUAUUUAUCAAUGAACAGUUAGAUUCAAAGAUGUGAUAUCAUCCCAUUAGCAUAAUGAAAAAUGAUUAUUAGAUUAGAUUACUUUUCAGACAAAAUAUUACGAGUAAAAAGUAAGAAGUUGUUACUUUCGCUAUUUAUGAAAUAUUUCCCGUCUUCGCUAAACUACAAGUUUAACCAUUGUAAAGAUAAGAAUUCGAGGAAUGUAUUAUUUACCUUAAACUUAGUAUACUAAUAAACUAAUUUGAUUACAUAUAUA